CAGAAUGACUCAUCUGAUGUUUCUGGUCUAUUUGUUCGCAUCAAGUGCUUCAUUCUUAUCCGCACAGAUAACAUCAGGAAGUACUAUAUCUAGCACUCCUCCAACGUCAACCAAACCUUUAACAACGUCAACCACACCUUCAACAACAACAACAAAAAUAACUACACAAGUCACGUCUUCAGCAUAUACAUCUGAAGGUACACCAACCUCCCCUUCAACAAUUGUAAGUACUUCUGAACAAUCGACACGUUCUCUAUCAACUGCAAUUUCACCUGAGUUAACUACGUCAACCACGCCUUCAACAACCACAUCAAAAACGACUACACCAGUCACCUCUUCAGAAUAUACAUCCGAACUUACAACAACCUCCCAUUCAAUAAUUGAAAGUACUUCUGAGCAAUCGACACGUUCUCCAACAAUUGCAAGUUUGCCUUCAACAACCACAUCAAAAACGACUACACCAGUCCCCUCUUCAGAAUAUACAUCCGAACUUACAACAACCUCCCCUUCAAUAAUUGAAAGUACUUCUGAGCAAUCGACACAUUCUCCAACAAUUGCAAGUUUGCCUUCAACAACCACAUCAAAAACGACUACACCAGUCCCCUCUUCAGAAUAUACAUCCGAACUUACAACAACCUCCCCUUCAAUAAUUGAAAGUACUUCUGAGCAAUCGACACAUUCUCCAACAAUUGCAAGUUCGCCUUCAACAACCACAUCAAAAACGACUUCACCAGUCCCCUCUUCAGAAUAUACAUCCGAACUUACAACAACCUCCCCUUCAAUAAUUGAAAGUACUUCUGAGCAAUCGACACGUUCUCCAACAAUUGCAAGUUCGCCUUUAACAACCACAUCAAAAACGACUACACCAGUCCCCUCUUCAGAAUAUACAUCCGAACUUACAACAACCUCCCCUUCAAUAAUUGAAAGUACUUCUGAGCAAUCGACACGUUCUCCAACAAUCGCAAGUUUGCCUUUAACAACCACAUCAAAAACGACUACACCAGUCCCCUCUUCAGAAUAUACAUCCGAAUUUACAACAACCUCCUCUUCAAUAAUUGUAAGUACUUCUGAACAAUCGACACAUUCUCCAACAAUUGCAAGUUCACCUUCAACAACCACAUCAAAAACGACUUCACCAGUCCCCUCUUCAGAAUAUACAUCUGAACUUACAACAACCUCCCCUUCAAUAAUUGAAAGUACUUCUGAGCAAUUGACACGUUCUCCAACAAUUGGAAGUUUGCCUUCAACAACCACAUCAAAAACGACUACACCAGUCCCCUCUUCAGAAUAUACAUCCGAACUUACAACAACCUCCCCUUCAAUAAUUGAAAGUACUUCUGAGCAAUCGACACGUUCUCCAACAAUUGCAAGUUUGCCUUCAACAACCACAUCAAAAACGACUACACCAGUCCCCUCUUCAGAAUAUACAUCCGAACUUACAACAACCUCCGCUUCAAUAAUUGAAACAAUCGACACGUUCUCCAACAAUUGCAAGUUCACCUUCAACAACCACAUCAAAAACGACUACACCAGUCACCCUUCCAGCAUCAGCUGCAUCAACCAGCAUGCCUAA